AUGUUUUUCGAGUCGCCUUUUCAUUCUUCGCAACGUAUUCAGCUUUUUCUUUUUGCUUUACAAUGUAUCACUAUUUCUACAUCAUUUUGCUGCUCUCGUAUCACGAGGAACUACUCUAUUUUGAUUUUACAUUGCAAUAUAAAUAAGUAUUUGAAUUUUUUUCCACUAGGAGUUUUUCUCUACUACGACUCAUUCCGUGUGAGAAGUGUGAGCUGCACCACCCCUAGAAGUUUUACACACAAGUCCCAAAAGAAAUCCUCCCAGAAUUGGAACCGUGACCACCCACGUCACUGCGUAAGAACCCAGAAAAAAGCACAAGCAUUUUUGAUUUUUUCUGCCACCCUGAGGAAGCAAUUGAAAUGUGGCGGAUGCAAGAUGAAACAAGAAAGGUAUGAUAGAAUGUAACCGAUGAAAACGACGGGAACCCCGCCGCUAUCUGCUAGAUCCAGCUCAGGACGAUUUUGAUAUCUCGCUGCUGC